CGUCAUAACAAAAGUCGGUCUGUUUAGGUGUCGUGAGUAUUGCAUAUGUAUAACAGUAGUCUGCUAAUGCAUAGAAAAUGGAUUUGGUUGAUAGAGAAAUUAAGGAGGCUUGGAAUAUAGAUUCCGUCGAUGGGCAAUUUAGCGACGCAGAGGACGAUGUUGGCUAUCCGACACCUAGAGGCAAACCACUGGUCAAAUCACAGCUUGUGACAGGUGUGCAGAACCUCGAAAUCAAUGAUGGAAGUGGAAGUGAUGGAUAUGAAGCCGAAGAUGAUAAUGGAGACUAUCUGGAUGAAAUGUACGAUUGGCCACAAAAAGCACCAGCAUGUAAUCAGAAGAAUAAAGAACACUCAGUCAGUACUUACCUAGAUUCCAAUUAUGAAGUAAAUGCAGGAGGAAAAACAAUUGAUUAUCAACCACAGGAUAAACUGUUCAACAAAUUUUUAAAUAAAAUAAAUGUUGAAAGAUAUGAAGGACCAGCACUACCAUCACAUGCUUUAAAUCAUUUAAUAGAAAGCAGUAGAAAACUGGAUUCUGACAGGAUACGUACCAAAGAUAAACAUGACAGAGCGACAGCAGAGCAGGUUAUGGAUCCCAGGACACGGAUGAUACUUUUCAAACUGCUUAGUAGAGAAGUCAUCUCUGAAAUAAAUGGCUGUAUUUCUACUGGCAAAGAAGCUAAUGUGUAUCACGCUACCUCAAAAUCUGGGACGGAUUACGCGAUCAAGAUUUAUAAAACCUCAAUACUUGUAUUUAAAGACAGGGAUAAAUAUGUUACUGGAGAAUUCAGGUUUCGACAUGGUUAUUGCCGCCGUAACCCACGGAAAAUGGUAAGAGUUUGGGCAGAGAAAGAAAUGAGGAAUCUGGUACGCAUGUACACUGUAGGUCUUGCUGUUCCAGAACCUAUUUUGCUAAGGAGCCAUGUUUUAGUUAUGGAAUUCCUAGGCAAAAAUGGUUGGCCUUCUCCUAAAUUAAAGGAUGUGGAAUUAUCAGUGUCGAAAGCAUGCAAGCUCUAUAGGGACUGUGUUGUAAUGAUGUGGACAAUGUACAACAAGUGCAAACUUGUGCAUGCAGACCUCAGUGAAUUCAAUAUGCUGUAUCACGAGGGUCAAAUUUAUGUGAUAGAUGUGUCUCAGUCAGUAGAACAUGACCAUCCUCAUGCAUUGGAAUUCUUAAGGAAAGACUGUACAAAUAUCUCAGACUUUUUUAGGCGCAAAGGAGUUGCAACAAUGACAGUGAAAGAACUGUUUGACUUCAUUACUGAUCCAACUGUAACGGAGAGAAAUAUGGAGGAAUACUUAGAUAGAGUUUCAGAAAAAGCUGCAUCCAGAACUCUGGAAGAGACAACAGCUCAAGAACAAAUUGAAGAAGAAGUCUUCAAGAAAGCCUACAUACCAAAGAAUCUACAGGAGGUUGUAGAUUUUGAGAGAGAUAUUACAAAAGCAAAAGCGGGUGAAGGAGAAGAUAUCACAUACAAGACAAUCACAGGACUCAAAAGUGACCUGUCCCAGCCACAGCAAACACCAGAGAUUCUUCAGGGUGCGAAAAGUGAUUCAGAUACAGAAAAUGCCUCAGAAGAUGAUUCAGACACAGAAAAAAGCAGCAAGUUUGUGGAUAGUGCAAGACCGAGAGAUGAAUCACCAGAAAGCAAGAAGGCAAGAAAGAAGGCUAUCAAGGAACAACAGGCUGAAAAGAGGAAAACAAAGAUGAAGAAACAUGUCAAAAAAAGAUUACUGAAAAAGAAGUGAAUUCUUCUUUUCAAAUGCUCAGCUUAAUUGUAUUGUACAAAUUAUUGUAUCUAUAUUUUUGUGAAUAUGUUUUCAUUCAUAAUGGUUUCCAAGUAUAUAAAAUUCUCUCUUCUGCAAAGGAAAAUUGCUGCCAGGUAAUCUGGCAGCCUUACUUCGUAUAUUCCCUUAGUCAGCUGUCACUAUCAUUAUAGAAUAUAUGAUCAGUAUAUCAUUCAGUAUGCUUAAUUUCAUAUAUGAGACAUGUAAUAAAGAUAUAAAGUCCAGCUCCUCACUUGUUGGGUAGUAGUUGAUACGUUCUCCUCCCAUGAUACUUUCAUUGUGUCAAUAAUGGAGAGACAUGUGUGUAACGUUUUUAGUCUCGUAGCUUAAUGAAACUUUUUAAAAGCAGAAUAGAUCUCUCUUUACACUUGUCUGUUACUCAAAUAAUCACCUGAUGUAGAGGUAAGCAGAUACAAUUUUUCAUUGUUGACAGAUUGAAAUAAGGCAGCUAAAGAAAAUAGAUCAUGGUUAGUAAUUUCUUUCAGAAUGUGUGAUGAAUACUGACCGUACAAUAUGAUUUGUAAAAUAUAU